UUCUCUUGAUCUGAACAUUCAGACAGAACUCUGCCUGUCCCGCGUUAUUUUCCGCUAUCCGACACCCGCUGCGCACGUCAGCAUUUUCCGGCACUCUCUCGUCUUCUCAAUGGCCUCUCUAUCCUCUACUCAACCGGGUCGGUUUCGGGUGCUGAAAGAGGGAUCAAAAAACCGAACGGGUCCUGUUGUUUACUGGAUGUUUAGAGAUCAACGGAUGAGAGACAAUUGGGCUUUAAUUCACGCCAUUGAUGAAGCUAAUAAGAACAAUGUGGCAGUUGGUGUUGCUUUUGAUUUGUUUGAUCGGUUUAAAGGAGCUAAAGCUAGGCAACUGGGUUUUAUGUUAAAGGGUUUGCGUCAACUUCAGGAUCAAAUUGAACAUACUUUUCAAAUUCCCUUCUUUUUAUUCCAAGGAACAGCUGAAGAGACUAUUCCAAAGUUUUUAGGAGAGUCUGGGGCUUCACUUCUAGUUACUGAUUUCUCACCUCUACGAGAGGUUCGAAAAUGUAAGGAUGAAAUUUGCAAGAGGGUGAGUGAUUCUGUGACCGUACAUGAAGUUGAUGCUCACAAUAUUGUACCUGUUUGGGUAGCAUCCGACAAGUUGGAGUAUAGUGCUAGGACUUUAAGGGGCAAGAUAAAUAAAAAGCUAUCCGAUUACCUUGUUGAAUUUCCUGUAAUGCAAUCUCCUAGCAAUAAGUGGGUUGCUGCUCCGAAUAAGUCAAUUGAUUGGGAUAGUCUUAUUGAUGAAGUUUUAAGGAAAGGAGCAGAAGUUCCUGAAAUUGAAUGGUGCAUACCUGGAGAAGAUGCAGCAAUGGAAGUAUUAACUGGUACUAAAAAUGGAUUUUUAACCAAGAGGUUGACGAAUUAUUCUACUGACAGGAAUAAUCCAUUGAAACCCAAAGGGCUCUCCGGUCUCUCCCCAUAUAUUCAUUUUGGCCAAAUCUCCGCACAGAGAUGUGCCCUGGAGGCUCGUAAAGCACGAAAGCUUUAUCCUCAGGCAGUCGACACGUUUUUGGAGGAGUUGAUUGUUCGUAGAGAACUUGCAGAUAACUUCUGUUUCUACCAGCCUCAAUAUGAUUCACUAAAAGGCGCAUGGGAAUGGGCACGUAAAAGUUUGCUAGAACAUGCCUCUGAUAAGCGAGAUCAUGUUUAUUCGAAGGAGCAAUUAGAGAAGGCGCAAACAGCCGAUCUGCUUUGGAAUGCUUCUCAGCUGGAGAUGGUACACUAUGGGAAGAUGCAUGGUUUUAUGCGUAUGUAUUGGGCGAAAAAGAUUCUGGAGUGGACAAGCGGACCCGAAGAAGCCCUUGCAGUGUCCGUAUAUUUAAAUGACAAGUAUGAAAUAGAUGGAAGAGACCCCAAGGGAUAUGUCGGUUGCAUGUGGUCGAUUUGUGGUGUUCAUGACCAGGGCUGGAAAGAAAGACCGGUUUUUGGGAAAAUUCGGUACAUGAAUUAUGCAGGCUGCAAGAGGAAGUUUGAUGUCGAUGGCUACAUUGCAUAUGUGAAGAGGUUAGUGCGCGAAAAGAAUAAGAGAAAAGCAGAAUAUCAGCUUGCUAGACAAGAAAAACAGCAUUGCACAUCAGCCAUUUAGCCGAUUUAGGGUUUAACAGUGUUGUACAUACAAUUUCUAGGCCUUUAGCUUGGGAUAGACGCUAACCCUCAGAAAAGAAAAUGAUUUUUGUCCAUUUAAAUUUAAGCAGUCUUGAAAAACAGACACAUCGUUUAAUUGAUCGCAAUGAUUUUUGUAGAAA